AUGGGCGGCAACAGCGACCGCAAGUCGUCGCGCCCGCAGCGCGGCUUCCCCGUCGACAACCGCAAGAUCGACGAGCUCGACGUGGUGCACUCCGGAUGGAUCCUCAAGAAGAAGCGCAAGAAGAUGCAGGGCUAUGCCAAGCGCUUCCUCGUGCUCACCAACGAGGGCAUCCUCACCUACUCCAUCAGCCCGGACAAGCCCACGCGCGACGCCAUCGAGAUCCCCCACGCCUCCGUCACCAGCUCCAAGCGUCACGGCACCAUCCACGUCGACUCUGGCUCCAGCGUCUUCCACCUCAAGGCGCUCUCGCCCCAGGACUUUGAAGCCUGGCGCACCCACCUCCGCUCCUUCAUCCCCGAGCGCCCCUCGGGCAGCCUCCAGCGCCUCUACGUCUCCAACGGCAACGACCUCCAGCCCGUCGACCUCUCCCACGUAUUCACCCACCUCGACCAGACCUCGGCGCUCGUCAAGGACCUCGAGAGCCGCUCGGGCGCUCUCAAGAACAAGGCCUCCUCCCGCACCGCCACCGACGCCAUCAUGGGCGCGCUCGGCGCCAAGCAGGACAACACCGACGACGUCGCCGCCUUCCACGUGACCGCCGAGCAGCUCGUCGCCGAGUUCGAGCAGCUGCGCGCCGCCAUCGAGGACAACAUCCCGCGCGUCGACCCCAACGGAGGCACCAUGCGCUCCAUGUCGAGCGUCGGCGGCGGCGCCGGCCAGGGCCGCAGUCGCAGCAGCCGCAUGUCCAUCUCGUCGCUCGCCACCACCGGCACCGACUCGGCCAUCUUCUACGACGCCGACAGCCACGGCGAGGAGCUCUUCAUGGACGACGACACCAAGCCCGACGACGACACCAACCUCUCGCGCUCCGAGAGCAGCGAGGCCGACGCCACCGACAGCGAGGCCGACGACUCGCAGCCCGACACCGACGACACGCGCACCGUCUCGGACGGCGACAGCCAGAGCGGCGGCGGCGGCAGCGGCGGCAAGAAGGCGGUGCAGUACCGCAAGAAGCUGCCGGCCAAGGUGUCGGGCGACGAGGUGUCGCUGUUCAGCAUGCUCAAGAAGAACGUCGGCAAGGAUCUGUCGACGAUCAGCUUCCCCGUCUCGUUCAACUGUCCGCUCUCGCUGCUCCAGGCGGCGGCGGAGGAGUACGAGUAUGCGGCGGAUCUGCUGGAGCGCGCGGGCAAGAGCGAGGACUGGCAGGAGCGCAUGUGCCUCGUGAGCGCGUUUGCCGUGUCGGGCUAUGCCAGCACCAAGCUGCGCGCGAGCCGCAAGCCGUUCAACCCGCUGCUGGGCGAGACGUUUGAGUGUGUGCGCGACGACAAGCAUCUGCGCUUCUUGGCGGAGAAGGUGGUGCAUCAGCCGCCCAUCGUCGCCUUCUACGCCGAGGGCAAGGGCUGGAAGGCGCAGGGCUGGAGUGCGGUCAAGAACAAAUUCUGGGGCAAGUCGCUCGAGCUCAUCCCCGAGGGUUCGAUCCGGCUCGAGUUUGGCGAUGGCGAUGUCUUUUCCAUCCAGAAGCCGAGCUCGUUUAUGCGCAACCUGCUGGCGGGCAACAAGUAUCUCGAGCACGUCGGCGAGCUUACCGUCACCAACGAGACCACGGGUCAGCGUGCUGUUCUCGAAUUCAAGGAGGGCACCAUGUGGGGUGGAGCAGGUAGUCGCAACGGCGUAGAGGGCAAGGUGUACGAUGCCAACGACUCGCACGUUACGGGACUCAAGGGUAAGUGGUCCGAAAACCUUGCGCGUCAGAAGGACAAGGACAACUACCAGGUGCUUUGGGAGGCGGCCGAAAUGCCACCCUACGCAGAAGACUACUAUGGCUUUACCUACUUUGCCAUGUCGCUCAACGAGCUCAGUGACGACUGCAAGGACGUUGUGCCGCCCACCGACUCGCGUCUGCGUCCGGACCAGCGUGCGUUCGAAGAGGGCCAUGUGGACCAGGCCGAACAGCUCAAACACAAACUCGAAGAGGCCCAGCGCGCCAGGAGGAAGAAGAUCGAGGCAGACGGAAACGGUUACACCCCCAAGUGGUUCCACAAGCAGGAUGGCGACUGGCUCUACGGCGGUCAGGACGGCGCCGACUACUUCAAGACCCGCAAGAGCGGCGCCUGGAAAGACGCCGAACUGCCCAACAUCUUUGACGUGUAA